AUGUUUCGCCAGAGGACAAGUUCACAGAAGCCUGGCGAUGAAUUGCUUGCCAACUUCCGACAGCAAUUUCCCGAGAUCACGGCGGUAGCCUCGUCUUCGGCAUCGGGAGCGCCAGCGCAAACUACUGUGACUGCUGACAAUUCGGUCCUUGUUCCACCGGGACCAGAACAUGUAAGCCAUGAUGUAUUUCGAGAUCAGGAUCCCACGCCGCGGGCUUCAGGCGCGGAGUGGAGGUUCACUCCUUCGUUACUGGAUCCCAACUCCUUCUCCUUCAGCACUUUCGCAAACCAACCGCCGGGUUAUUACACUCCUACACCCGGUGGGACGAACACGCUUUACCACCCGCAAGCAGGCGACUUGCACACGCCAUCAAUGGGUUUAGGCAUGGGACUCGGCACUCCCCUAUCGCUGCCAACUACCGAGGGCGCUAUCCAAGCUGGUCCUGCCAUGAUGGAUCUGACCCAAUUCCAUCAAGGCAUACCACCGCCGCAUCAAUUCCCACAGCCCUUCAAUCCAUUCAUUCAACCAACUCCUCCUCAGCCGACUUUCGCACCUUCGUCAUUCGUGCACCAGGACACCGGCUACGAGACGAUGGACCACGACGGGUCGCCUCUGGACUCGGAUAGCCACGAGGAACACAUAGGCUCCAUGGAUGCGACGUUCCACUCUCAAUCACCGCCUAACAUGAUGGGUUUCCAGCACAGACAUUUCGGAGGGGCUAUGGCCCAUAUGCUACCAGCUUCAGCUAACAAAUUCCGCUUCCAAUCGACGUUAAAUGCGCCGACGGCGAUGAUCAAGCAUGCAGACGAGAUUCCGGUGACUUAUCUUAACAAGGGACAAGCUUACUCAUUGUCAGUAGUUGAUACCGCAGCUACAAUGCCCAUCGUACCAGGCACAAAGUAUAGGACAUUCGUGCGCAUAUCUUUCGAAGACGACCAACAACGACAAAAACCCGGUGUCUGUUGGAGUUUGUGGAAGGAGGGUCGUGGAACCAACGAAGCGCAUCAACGAGGCGGCAAGUUACAAGCGGUCGAGUACGUCGAGGCUGGGCAGCCCGCCGAGGGAGAUGACAAGCGAACACGUAUCGAGCUAGAGACCGCCUCAUUUGAUGGAUUUUCGGUCGUUUGGACCCCCGGAACGAACGGGGCAGCAGAAUGCAGUGUUGCUGUUCGCUUUAACUUCCUCUCAACAGACUUCAGUCACUCCAAGGGCGUUAAGGGAAUACCGGUAAGGUUAUGUGCUAAGACGACUGCCUUGUCAUCGACCGAUUCGUCCCCAUUGUCAGACCCAGCGUUUGAGAUUUGCUACUGUAAAGUCAAGCUGUUUAGAGACCACGGAGCGGAACGAAAACUCUCUAACGAUGUUGCUCACGUCAAGAAGACAAUUGACAAACUUAAACAACAAAUCUCGCAAGCAGAAAGCGGAGCGAAAGACUUUGGGAAGCGCAAACGAGGUGGCGGCUCUCAUACUAAGGGGCAAGACCAUUCACGCCCAGGAAAAGCCUCCAAACACAAACGAACCUGGUCAAUGUCGUCAGCAAGUUCUGCGGGUGGUGGUGGGCGGCCCUCACUCGAAGACGACUUACACUUUAAACUUCAAACACUACAGGAUAUGUUUACAAGUACUCGACCAGUGAGCAUCUUAUACCUACGCGGCGACGAUUUAGACGAUCCGGACCUACACCCAGUCAGCCUCCCCGGGGAGCCCACCGAUCUCACCAAGGUCGAGCCAAAAGAUACAGCUGCAUGGCAAAUUAGGAGUGCUCGAAGUUCGGUCGCCGGAUCUUCACUCGUAUCCCCUUCACCGAGUUCCAUGUCCUUACAUUCGCAAUCAGCCAAUCCCUCACAAUGGAAUGACUUCCGGGGUGGUAGUGGGGAACCUUCAGGGUCCCGAAGGCCCUCUGAUAUGCCAAUAAAGGUCCCCAAAACAGAUGACGAUGGGAACUUGAGUGGUUGGAUAGAAGCGCUAGGCGUCGACCACACGUACAAGCCACCUACCGAGAGACCCAUUAAGCCCAUCGCUUGCUUCUACGUUGUUCGAAGACAUCCUUCCGAGCCAGAAAGACGCGAACUACACCGAGCAGUCUACCUUACCGAGAGAACAAUAGCGGAAUUCGUUACUCGAGCUUCGGCUAAGUGGGCUAUCGAUCCCUCCGCCGUCGUACGAGUUAUACGUGUUCUCGACAACGGAAUGGAAAUUCAGGUAGACGACGACGUGAUCCGAGCGCUCCCAGAAGGCAAAGACAUGGCCCUCGAAGUUGUUGAGGUUGACCGAAGCAUACCUCAACCCAAACGGGAAUGGGAAAUGAUGACUGUCGACGCUUCCGAGACUGACAGAGAAUCAGCCCAUAGUGUUUUCCGCACAACCACGGGCUACGAGCUACGAAUUAAAUUCUAA